GUGCAUAUAACGACGACUGAUGCCGCUGUUGGCCAAACUUGCUGCUGGUGCAGCGGAUAUCUGCGCACUGUCGCGACCUCGUGUGGUAUCUCAGAUGCUGCCCGCGAGCUCGCACGCGAUCUAAAUUCCGAACCCUUGCCCUCCGUUGACUAUCUGCACAGCCAGCGGACAGCCAUACGCAGGCAUGGUUGAAAUAGGCGACGACCGUAUAUGGGGGCGUCUAAAUGAUCUAAACGCGCAGUCGUUUAGGCGCCUAAAAUAAACGGUCCGGGAUUUGGCACCUAAAUGAACCAAAAACUCAGGAGCCAAUGAGUACAUGACGCGGUUACUAGCUGCCUCCAAGUCUGUAUAUAUAGAACAGUUUUCGCUGGUUCCUGCACUUCAUUCUCUCGCUGGAGUUCCUGUGAUUGACGGGCUAGGGUUCUUUUUACUUCGCGUUUGUCAGAUUUUGUCACUCCUCUUCGUCGAUGAAUCUACUUGCCUUUUGAGUAAGGGACUGCGAAGAAUUGCUGCACCCAACGAUCUGCCUCUCGUCUUCGAGAAUCCGUUCUGUCUCCUGCCGCGACUGACACAAAUCAUAUGGGACCUGCGGAUUUCGAAACCUGUGCGAUGUUCGGGAGACGCAGGGCUCGCAUCGAAUCUCAUCGGCAAAAGCGCAAGUCCGGACAUGUCAUUGUGAGGAGCUCUCUGCAUCGUGCGCUUACAGUCUUCUUGUCAGCUGUUAGCGAGGGCAUUACCUGCCCUCUCAUGUGCAGAUCCAUCGUAUCGUCGCAUCCGCCAAUGUGCUUGCCACCGAUGAAGAUGUUCGGAACUGUGCUCUGUCGAGUUAACCUACGCAGCGCUUCUUGAACUUCGCGCUCUUCGACAAGAUUAUCGAGCUCGAUCAGCAGAAACUCCACCCCCAGUUCCCAAAAUAAGCUAUUCACUCUGCCGAUCCGUUCGGAUGGGUUUGAAUCGCUCCGUGAGUAAAACAUUCUCGACUUUAUAUCUGGUGUACCUACCGCAAUGAAAGUAAUGUUUAAUUCUGUUAAUUAUAUAUUCCAUGAUGCGGUUGGGCAGAAAAGCAAGCCUACGGCAAUCGAAGCGCUCUCGCCAAGCAGAUUUCCCGAAGCGCUGAGAUGUUUCGGUCUUUGUAGUGAACUGUGCACACAAUGUCACAUGCACAAUCACACCUGAUCACAGUUUCUUCUGCCGGGCCUCAUCAAUCGCUUCCAUGUUAGUGAUGAGACUACUUAUGUCGUCCAUCUGUAAUUCUCGAUUUCAGCUGCUCGACCUGAACCAGAUAUGCCAAUUGACCUUAAUUUGCAAAACUCCACCGUGGCUGUUAUCAGGAGAAUAGAUCAUUCCAGUUAGCAAAAGAACCCAAUUUUUUUCAUUUGAGUCAGGAAAGUGAGGCUAGGAAGUCAUUGUCGCAACCCGAUGCUGGUUUAGAAGACAGGAGCAGCGGUGUGAUCUGGAAUCAGAGCCUGCAGAUGAAGUUACAGAAGGUUACAGCUGUAACCUUCUGCUCGACCUCUGGCAGCGGAUGUCUCUGUGACGCCGCCGAGGCUCAGAGUGGCAGCUCAGCUGUACUAAAAACGUCGGGGAGAAGCAAAAAACUGAUUCUUCGCGUGUCAGGACGGCUUUGAGAGAUCCUGACGGGUUCGUUCACGGACGUCACGAGAACCGGGCCAGAAAAUUGCGAGCCGAACGCAGGUGGCGGUGCAGGGGAGUCCGCACGAGCAGGAUCGAAAUGCCACGGACUGACUCAGUCAAUCGCAAUCCUACGACUGAGCCCCUUUUGACCCGAAUGUCUCGAGAAGAUUCUCAAACUAGCCUGCUCGAUGCAUUCUCGCAGCUGCUGCGUAUCACACGUUGACUAUUGAGGCAUUGCGAUCAACUUUCAAGUACAAGAUCUGAGCUCUGGUCCAGCUGCGCUAGAAAAUAGACGAUGUAGGAAUCCAUCGAUCAUCCAUCCAUCAUCUCACCAGGUUUGGAGGCCCCCCAUUCGAAACACGUCCCAAUGCCGAGCAACUCCCUCCAAGGGACUCCCGGCUUCUGGUUUUCCAGAGCAUCUCUUAUAAAGUGUGUCCUCGGCGUCGGCGCUAUCCGAUGACAGACAUUCCCAUCGUACGUGCGCAGCACGGAGGAGGCAAUUCGGACCAGCCCUAACGACGCACGAGAAUUAUCAGGUCAUCUGGACAGGAAUGAGUUGCAUUCAGUAAAACGCUCUCAGGCCAUAAGACUAAUUCAGUCAGCAAUUGCAUUGAUCUACACGGUGAAAAGAACCAGACAAGAUGGUGAGCAGUAAGUCAGUUCUGGCUCUUUGGAGUGGUUUCGUUCUAGUAGCUCAAGAUGAUGUACUCAAUAUAUCCCAAGGCAAAAGUCUAGAAGGUGUUCCAGGACAGUGGCAUCGUGAUUAGUAGGUUCAAGUGACAAGCUCAAAACGAUGUACUACUAGUCAACCUUACACAUAUUUGAACGAUUGAAGUAUCCUCCAGAUUGCAAGGUGGGCACGAACCAUGAAUAGCAUGCAUCGAGAAAUAUAUCUGGCAAAUCAAGACUAGACUGCUCCGCACUAUAUGCACGACGUUUGAGAGCCGUCAUACGUCAAUGCCGU